GGAACAGUCUUUCGGCGCGUGCACGCCGGCCCGCUCGCGCGACACUCUCCGAUAUCGAUACGUUUUUUUUUUUUUUUAAGACGUGCGACUUUUUUAAACGAUCGUCGUCUCGUGAUAAUAAUUUUGUGCGAGCUUUUUUCGUUUUUUUUUUUUGUAUUAUUCUUCCGAGCUUUCGCGUCGUGUGCAAAAGCUCCGGUCGGUGUGUGAACGAUACGUAUUUUUCGACUCUGACCAUCCGCCGUCCUUAUAUAUCCAGGUCGUAUAGUACGAAAAACACGACGCGUAGUUAUUCGCUCGGACAAAACGCGGAAUGGGCCACACAUUUAUAAUUCCUAAUUGCAUGAUUAUGCACGAUUCGAAAUAAUGCAGAGAUGAACGUUUUUUACCUCCUAAAAAAUAUGCAUUAAAAUCAAAAACAUGGAUAAAAAUAUUACUACUACAUCGGAUUUAGCUUCUCUGGACUGUUGGGACUAUACAAUCGAGUUGGAAUGUCUUCGAGGUCCACAAGACUUACAGCUAGCUGCUGAACUGGGCAAAACUCUGUUAGAGAGAAAUAAAGAAUUGGAAACCAACUUAAGGCAACAACAAAAUGUCGUGGAAGAUCGCAAUCAGGAGAUCGAGUAUCUCACCAAACAAACGGCCGCUCUGAGAGAAGUGAACGAUUCCAGACUGCGAAUUUACGAGCAACUGGAAAUCAGCAUUCAGGAUCUAGAGAGAAAUAACCAGAGGCUCGUUCAAGAAAACAUAAAUGACAAAAAACAUAUAAAAAGUUUAUACGAUACAAUCGAAAGUUUGGAAAGUCGUUGCGAAGAUUUGCAGAACCUGGUCGACGACAUGGGUCAUUUAAAAAAAGACGACAGCGUAGUCAGCGAAGGCAGUGGCAGUGGAGGAGCUGUGAUCGAAGAUCAAGAUGAAUAUGCUAAACUUGCUUCACAAUUGGAGCAUGCGAAAAAUCAAAGAGUCAAGGAACAGAGAAAAGUGUCUGAACUAGAACAAAACGUGUCCUUACUUAUACAGGAGAACACUAAUCUAGAAGAAAAAGUGAGUGUAAUGCAAAAAAAAGACGAAGAACUGAAAACGCUCCAAGAUCAAAUCGUCUAUUUAGAAGAAAUAAGGCAAGGAAACCUAUGUCGGCGUUGUCAGCGUAGUACUGACCCAAACCUUUUCGAUGAGUAUUCGGUGUACGAUGACGAUGAUGAUACUGAUGAUAUUAGCGCUAUAGGAUCAUAUGUCGAAACUCACAAACACGAAGUCUUGCAACAAUUACAAGAGACGUUGGGCGAGAACUAUUCGGAGGACAACCCGUACCGGAUAUUGGUGGACAAAUACGAAGCGCUGUUGAAGAUCCAACAGAAGCACAACGCGUUCACGCCGAUGGUGCCGUCGGCGGCCAACGGCAACAACAACAGCAACAACGCGGGCAACAAGGACCGCGGCGGCAUAUCGCUGCAAGAGGAGCUGCAGAUGUCCGGACAGUUCUCGUCGUUCAACGGGAACGCGUCGGACAGCGACGACAGCAGCGACGACGGCUGUCCGCCGGCCGGCGACCAGGGACGGUCCGCGCCGGGAACCUGCAUGACGGGCGGAACCAAGUACUCCGAGACGGAGACGACGUCGUCGUCCGGUUUCUCGGACGAGACGAGCAACAAGUGCACGCAGACCGAGACGUUCUUCACGGGAUCGUUCCUGUGCACCAUAUCGGACGGCGACGACUGCCGGUUCAGCAUCUACGACGACGCCAGCCCCGUGGAGAGCCGGUUCCGGAAGACGCCCGAGUACCGUCAGCUGUUCCGCGAGAUAUUCGCCGUGCUCAAGCGGGCGGCCGAGGCCAAGGACGAGGGCGAGCGACUGCCGCUCCUGCAGGACGACGACCGCGACCGCGGCUACGAGGGCGAGGACGGCCUGGACGGCCUGGACGACGACGCGACCACCGACACGCCCACGUGCGGCCGUUCGUCCGCCUCGGUGGCCGCCACGCCGCGAGUGCCCCCGGCCACGCCGGCGUGCGAGCACAACCCGUUGAUGGCCACCAUCGAGUCGGAGACGGUCGAACGGCGUCCGACCACGCUUCCACCGCAGCAACAGCAACAGCAGCAGCAACAGCAACAGCAACAGCAACGGGCGGACGGCGACCAACAGCAACAGCUGCAGCGACCGCCGGCCGCCGAACAGCAGCAACCGCAGCAACAGGAGCCGCGCCGUCGCCGCCGGGACAUCAUCGAGGAACUGGCGGCCACGGUCAAGCACAAGAAACACGUCCGGCACCGGAAGUCGACCGCGGCCAGCCAACAGCAGCCCAGGGACAUCAGCCACCUGUUGGAAUUCAAGUGGACGGACCAGGUGACGCGCCGGCAGCCCAGGAGCGGCAGUGGCGACAGGCCGCCGUCGUCGCACAGGUCCACGUGGUGCGCCGCCGCCGCCGCCCCGAACGACGGAGCGGAAGCGUCGCCCGCCGCGGCCCAGCCGUACGCCAGCGCCGCGUCGCAGGAAGUGGCCAAGCUCAAGCUGCUGGACAAGUCGUACGCCGAGGUGUUAAGACUGAGGAAAGUUCCGCCGUCGUCGUCCAAAAGGCCGCAAUCGCAGUACUUGCAUUAGUGUGCGGUCCACGCGAUCGUUUGUUAACUCUACGUAUUUAAAUUUGUUUUUUCAAAUCCUUUAUUCCUAUAAUAUUAUUAUAAGCCAAUCGUUAUGUCGAACAAAAAUUAAAAAAAAAAAACAACAAUGUAAGACAAGCAAAAGUCUCCCGAUCAUAUUUUGUACGAUCCCGUGGGAUUUUGAUUUUUGAUUCCCCCCCCAUUAUUAAUAUUAUUAUUUAAAUACUUUUUUUUUUUAAUUAUUUUUAUUAUUAUUAAUGUUGAUAAUUCACUAUCAAGAAUCAAGAUGUCUUCAUUUUGUAACUAUGUACCUAUAUAUAUAUAGUAUUAGCGUACCUCCACUGAGAUUGUUUCCACCGUUGGUUUUUUUGUAUCCAUAAUAUUAAUAACGAUAUUACUUAUAACGUUUUUUUUUUUAUUCUUUGAGACAAUAAUAUUAAGUUAUAAUAUUAUAUUGUGAUGCAUGCGUCAUAUGAAAGAGAUUUGUUUUUUUUUGGUAAUAUUUAUUUACUUAAUAGAACUUUAAUACAAUAAUGUUUAAUUUUGUU